ACGCAUCUAUGUUAUUUUUUUAAUCAAAGAAUGUCACCUUACAUAAUAAAAAAAAUUGUGAUAAUUUCAAAUUAAUGAUCGACAUCUGAAAACAGCGAUUAAAAACAUACUGGCAGAAGAAUGAAACAAUCUUAAGUUAAUAUUUUUUCACAUAUUAGUUAAUAUUCAAGGUUUUUAUUGUACAAGGUGCUGAGAUUUUUUUUUUAAUCCUUGCUACUUAAUCAGUUAAGUACAUAUGAUUUCAUAUAAAUGUGGCGAAUGCUGCUAAGUUGUUAUUACAUCUCAAAAAGGUUCCAUCAAAAACAGACAGCAUCAUGAAUAUAGUAAAGGAGUGUUUCAUAUUUUUGGCUGCAACCUCUAGUCUUUUAUGUGAAUCAGCAUUUGUGGAUACUUUACAAAAAUGUAGCAUAAAGGAUAAUGAAUGUUUCAAGAACUCUUAUCAAACACUGAUUGAAACGUUAGCGGAAAAAGGCGCAACAGAUAUUGGUGUAAACAAAAUUGAUCCGAUGGAAUUAAAAGAUGUCCACGUGUCUAUUUUGGAUCUACUAAACCUGACUCUCGAAAAGGGCGACGUUUCUGGAAUAAAGACUUGCACUAUUAAAAGUUAUAGGAACGAUAUAGAAAACAGACAUGCGAAAGUGAAAGUUUUUUGUAAACACCUCGAGGUGCAGGGAAACUAUCAAGUAGAACUUGUCCGUUCGCUUUUGAACAUUCAGGGAAACGGUGACAAGGUACAUGGGGCAGGACACGCUAAAGUCAUAAUUGAUAAAAUUGAAUCCCGAAUUGACUUUCCGUACCAACUGGAGAAACGAGGCAAUGACAUAUAUCUGAAAAUUGAAAAAGACUUGACGUAUAGUUUGAAAGUUUUAGGAAAGGCAACGUUUGUGGCAGAUAAUCUAAUAGACGGUGAUAGCAAAGCUAGCGAAAACAUUAUAAAGUACAUGAACGAACAUUGGAAAGUGAUUUUGGACACCUUCGGAAAAGUGUUCUUUGACAAAACUAUAGAAUACGUACAAAUCUUCAGUAGUCAAAUUUUCGAUAAAGUUCCCACAAAACAUUACAUUAUUGAAGAUUUGUCUGCUUACGUCGAGAAAUAAUGUACUUUUCUAAUUGUGACCUUUGUGUUUGAAAGAUAUUGUUACAUUGGUGGUUAUACGGUAAAUUAGAUAGUAAAAACUAAAAGAAAUUUAGUGUUUAUAAUUUUUAAAACCAUCCAUAAAAAUUAGUUAAACAAUAACCUGGGUGAUCAUACCCACGACGGGUUGACUGACGUCUAGUAGACCUUCAUUGUUCUUUGCCUUACACUGAGCCGUGGGUGUGCAGGACCUCGGGUCAGGAAAGGUCAUGAGACCGCCCCUUGCUGUAUCUUGUCUCAGAAUCGAUUCGUU